UGCCCCUGACAGGCGUACAGUAACAUGACAGCAGCCAGCAAACAUCUCAUCCGUCUGGCUCGACGACGCUAUGGUUUCGCUAGCUGCGUGUUUUUUCUCCUAUUUUUGAUUCAUUUUUCCUCAGUCGUGCAGCUCGAGCUGUUUAAUAAGUAGCCAGAUCGUCUGUCACGCUCGAAAUAUCGAAACCAGCGACUGUUUGGACUUUUGGAGGCCGUGUGUGUUAUUUUAAAACCUGUUUUCAACGCAUUUUUCAACGAACAAACAAUAUUUUUUUCCCCUUUUUAAAAAAAAAAUAUUAUUACACAGCAACUCGCUGGACGGGCAUAUCAAAAUUGACGUUUUUUAAUUAAUCAAGAAGGAAUUGGGGUUGAAUGCUGUUUGUUUUCCAGCACAGCACCACCAAAGAUCAAAUUAUUUGCAGAAAUAAUAUCACCAGCGGCUUAAAUGUACUUUGUUUUGCGAGUCAAACUGUACAAUCUGGCAACCCGUGCGCUCGCGUCGCUCUGACUGAGCUGUCAAUCCACUAUUUAUGCCUUUUUUUUCCCAGAUGCUCUCGUUUGCUGUCAGUAUCUGACCCUAAAAUUGACCAAAGUGCAGAACUAAAGCUAUCUGUUUGACAGCUCAUCUAUAAAAGACCUUCCUAAACACACAUGCUUCCAGCAAGAGUUGCCAGAUUGUGCCAUCCUGCAGCGGGUUUUGUUGCUCGUGUCGUGUUAAAGUCCAAAAUCUCGUUUAACAUGAACAGGACUAGUUAACUAGUCACUUCUUGGCAGCUGAGGGACAUUUUUUUAUUCGAUUUGAUCAAAGCCAGCGUGUUUAGCUUUAUUUUUACACCCCAUUCUUUGUGCACAUUUCUGGUUUUCUCAAACAUCAACAAGCCCUGCUGCUCGUGUGUUUCUGACCCGGAUUUGUCGUUUUUUUAAUCGCUGUUUAUUGCUUAAAAUGACGGCUAUUGAGAAACUGCAGAUGUUAAUCGAAGCAGCAGAGUAUCUCGAGCGAAGAGAAAGAGAAGCGGAGCACGGCUAUGCCUCCAUGUUACCCUUCACCAGCAGCAAAGAGAGGGAUGUGUUGAAACGAAAAAUCAAAAGCAAGAAGAACUGCAGCAGCAGGUCUACACACAAUGAGAUGGAGAAGAACAGGAGGGCACAUUUACGGCUGUGUUUGGAGCGCUUGAAAUCCCUCGUGCCCUUAGGACCAGACUCAAACCGGCACACAACCCUCAGCCUCCUCAUGAGGGCUAAAGAACACAUCAAGAGGUUGGAGGAUAGUGAGAGGAAGGCCCAGCACACUAUAGACCAGCUACAAAGAGAACGAAGGCACCUGCGCAGACGCCUGGAGCAGCUCGGCGUGGAGCGCACACGCAUGGACAGCAUGGGCUCUUCAGACAGAUCUGACUCCGACCAAGAAGAGGUGGAUGUUGACGUGGAAGGAACAGACUAUCUUCUGGCAGACCUGGACCUCGCAAAACCACACUCCUCUAAUACUUCAGGAGGAAGCUCGAGGAAAGUGUUGGAUGUGCCGUCCACUGACCAGACCUCACUGACCUCACCGCCUUCGUCCAAUCAGAUCGUCCCGGCCAUUUGCCUUUGCUCCCAUCACGCCGUCCUGGAGAAAAACCCUUAA